AUGAAUAAAUACGAGGUAUUGGGAGUUGUUGGAGAAGGUGCUUAUGGAGUGGUUCUCAAAUGCAAAAAUAAGGAGACCAAUGAGAUAGGUUAGAUUUGACAUUUAGUUGUGUAGUGGCGAUCAAAAAGUUCAAAGAAACUGAAGAGAACGAGAUUGUGAAAAAGAGUAUUCAAAGAGAAGUGAAAGUGCUUAGAUUGCUAAGGCAUGCAAACAUAGUGGAAUUGAAGGAAGCAUUCAAAAGGUAGUAUGAUGUAGAAAGUUAAUUAGAAAAGGGAGAAUCUAUUUAGUGUUUGAGUAUGUGGAGCGCAAUUUACUUGAAGUUCUGGAGGCAUCCCCUUCAGGAUUGGAAGUAUUUCGUAUAAUUAUCAUAAUAGCCAUUGUAUAUAAAGAGGAUAAUUUUUCAGUUGCUUAAGGCAAUAUAUUGUUGUCAUCAGAAUGAUAUUGUUCAUAGAGAUAUAAAACCAGAAAAUCUGUUGAUAAGCAACACUCAUCAGUUGAAGUUAUGCGAUUUCGGUUUUGCAAGAGUAUGAAGUUUAUUCUCAUUUAAUUUAGUCUUUAACUGCAUCAACAUAAGAUCUCACUGACUAUGUGGCAACUAGAUGGUAUAGAGCUCCAGAACUUUUACUUUCCUACUCAAAUUAUGAUAAAGGAGUUGAUAUGUGGUACAUUGUAUAAAUUAAAAUUAGGGCGAUAGGAUGUUUGUUAUGUGAAUUGACAGAUGGUAAUCCUUUGUUUCCAGGGGAGAAUGAAAUGGAUUAAUUAUAUCUCAUCCAGAAGAUGCUAGGACCAUUGACAUAAAGUUAAUAAGAAACAUUCUCAAAGAAUCCUCGUUUUUUGGGAAUGAAAUUUCCAGAAAUAUCUAAACCAGAAACACUGGAAUAAAGGUAAUUUAAUAAUUUAUUUUAGAUAUCUUUGUAAAUUACCUAAAAAAGCAAUCAAUUUUGUUAAAGGAUUAUUAAAGAUGGAACCAGGUGAACGAUUGACUUGUAAAUAAGCACUUAGACAUUAAUAUUUCGAAGAUUUGCCAGAAGCAGUUGAAUUCAUGAGAGAAUUGGAAUUGCAAAAUGAUUAAGAAAAGCGACAAGUAAGUGCAGGUGUUCAUAGAACUGCAGCAUCACCUAACACACAAUAAAAUGUGAUUAGAACUAAAGUAUGAAUUAUUAAAGAUCUUUCCUAUAGACUAGUUUCAAAGUACCUAAUUAUUUGGGAAAUCAGUUGAAUAUGUAAAAUACAGCUUACAAUUACACUAUUUAAGGAUAGCAACAUGAGAAGGAUGGGAAACAGAUAAAGAAAGCAGUAAACAUUUAUUCUAAAAUCUAGUAGUCAAUAGAGAAGUUGGUUCCUGGAUUCAAGGAGUAAAAGUUGAAUUUGAAUUCUGAUACAAAUAAGAUGAAGGUAUCAGGAUAAUCGCAAUUUAGUCAAUAAUAAUUAUAAAUGUAAUAGUCAAUUAAGAUUCAAAAUUUAAACAUCAUAUAUAAUUCCAAUACUUACAAUCAAUUUUAAAAGAAAGGAGCCUUAACGAAAAAAUGA